UUAUUUUUAUUUUUUAUUAUUUGGAUAAAAUGUUUUUUACUUUUUAUUUACCACCUCAUUUUUAUAAAUAAUACAUUCGUCCUAAUUAACAUUAAACAUAACUAUAAAAAAUGAAUUUCAAGAAAUCGAUUUUCCAUCUGUUAUCGAUAACUUAAUCGCCUUGUAAAAUAGCAACCCUUGUAAUUGUAGUUCUGUCAAAAUACUGACAUUGACACAUCUUAUAUUGUUGUCAAUGCACGAUUAUUUUUUUCCGCUCAUCGCUGUUUUCUUCACGAAUUCCUCUGCGUUUGCGAUAUUACUUACUACAGACUGAUUGUUUUAUAUCCAUAUCAAACAUUUUAUGAUAAUGUCUCAACAGUUACGUUGUAUUCAUUGUGGUAUAAAUGCAAGGGCUUUUGGUUGAAUCUGACGAUGUCUGUUCAUUGUUACGGCAAUGGACUUCACUUUCUAAGGAUACCAACACAAGCUCAACACCGGAUGAUUCUGGGGAAACCUUUCACCACUUGGAGCCACCACUACUUGAUGAAGUCCAAAAUGAGGUAAAUGAACAUUUGUUCGACGAUGAGGAAGUACUAAAUGACGUCGACGAAAUGAACGGAAACGUCGAGGAAGACGAAGAGGAAAGAGAACCAGACGUGGAUGCUGAUGGUCAGGAAGGAGAGCAGGGAAAUGACGCAAAUAAUGAGAAUGAACAAGAUAACGAGGAGGAUGACGAGGAGGAACAACAGGAGGUGAUGCAACCAGAACGCCAUGUGAAUGGAUUGUAGACUAGGUUGUAAUGAGCUAAUGAAUAGCACAAGCAUACUGUAACACAAAGGUAUUAUGCAUGAAGAAAGUAAUGGUUAGCUAAUAUUAGGAGAAAUUCUAUAUUAAUAAAAAAAUAUGAGACUCGUUUUUAUUAGAAAGUUGCAUUUUGAAGUCAUUCGACACCAGUUAUCCAUUGACUAUUUAAGUAAUUAGCACUUUGGU